AUGGCUUCGGUAAAUUUCGGCGCAGACCUGAACGAGCCCGGGACGGAGGCCAGGGAGGUCCCCAGCAACGUCUCGGUGCCGACAAAGCGACAACGAUGGGCAACCCAGCGGGUUGGCGGCACCGGAGGCGUGCGGAAACGCGUGUCUAUCAUGGAUCGCCUUCACAAGAGAACGGCUUCGAAGGACGAGAAGCGCAAGUCCACCGCCAGCAAUCUUCCUACCGCCGAAAACCCUGACGCCGAGGGCGACUCCGAAGCGAGCACCCGAAGGGUCUACUUCAACAUCCCCAUCCCGGAGUCCGAACGAGACGAAGAUGGCCACCCCAAGGCCGCAUAUCCCCGGAAUAAGAUCAGAACGGCCAAAUAUACCCCUCUAUCGUUCGUUCCGAAAAACAUCUGGCUGCAGUUUCACAACAUUGCAAAUAUCUAUUUCUUGUUUAUUAUUAUCCUUGGUUUCUUUUCCAUCUUCGGUGUCGACACCCCGGCCCUUAACGUCGUCCCGCUGGCUGUUAUCGUCGUGGUGACUUCAAUCAAAGACGCGAUCGAGGAUUGGCGGCGAACGGUCAUCGAUAACGACGUCAACAAUUCGCCCGUUUAUCGCUUAAUUGAGUGGAACAACGUCAAUUCGACCGAAGACAAUGUCUCUUUGUGGCGUCGGGUUAAGAAAGCGUCUACUCGCGCUACAAUCUUUACCUAUAGGUUCUUUAAGAGUUUGGCUCAGAAGAAGAGUGGUUCAACCGCUGAAGAGAGCGACCGGCGCGCAUCCUUCAUGACAACCGUGUCUCCGCGAGCGUCGAUGUACUCUCAGCGGGGCGAUGGCGAGCCCGUAGACGACGCGAUCCAAAUGACCCCCGUUUCAUCUCCGACACCCGAAGCACGACCAGACUGGCCCCUUCCGGGCGGUGACCACGCUGCCUAUCUGCAUCCCGACAAGGCUGCGCGGGAUAGCAUGGCUGUACCGCCUACACCUACCACGCCCCCUCGGAAAGGGGGCAGCGUCGUCGACAAGACGAAGCAGACCCUCGGAAAGGCUCGAUUCAAGCGCGACUUCUGGAAAAGCAUCCAGGUUGGAGAUUUUGUCCGAUUGUAUAAUGGAGAUCCCAUCCCGGCUGACGUGGUGGUGAUGUCCACUUCUGACCCGGACGGCGCCUGUUACGUGGAAACCAAGAGUUUGGAUGGCGAGACUAACCUCAAGGUUCGACAAGCUCUAAACUGCGGGCGUCAAGUCCGACACGCCAAAGACUGCGAGAAAGCCGAAUUCGUGAUCGAUAGCGAAGCGCCCCAUCCCAAUCUGUACGCCUACAACGGUGCGCUGCGAUGGGACCAGCGCGAUCCGGACUUCGCGGAAGCCCCUCGGAAGGAAAUGGUGGAACCGAUCACGAUCAACAACAUGCUCCUGCGUGGUUGCACUCUGCGCAACACCGAAUGGGCCCUGGGUGUGGUGGUCUUCACCGGUGAUGAAACCAAGAUCAUGCUGAACUCGGGUGUGACCCCCACCAAGAGACCCCGACUCGCCAAGGACUUGAACUGGAACGUCAUUUACAAUUUCAUUCUCCUGUUUGCCAUGUGUCUCAUCACCGGUAUCGUCAACGGUGUUGCCUGGUCCUCCACCGACAGGUCCCUGAAUUACUUCGAUUUGGAGCCUUUUGGAGACACACCGGCCAUUACUGGCAUCAUCACGUUUUGGGUGGCUCUUAUCUUGUUCCAGAACUUGGUCCCGAUCUCGCUCUACAUCUCUCUGGAAAUCGUUCGUACGAUCCAGGCCGUCUUCAUCCACAGCGAUGUGUUCAUGUACUACGAGAAGCUGGACAUCUCCUGCGUACCGAAGACUUGGAACAUCUCGGACGAUGUCGGCCAAAUCGAGUACAUCUUCUCCGAUAAGACGGGUACCCUGACUCAAAACGUCAUGGACUUCAAAAAGUGCACGGUUAACGGCGUUUCAUACGGCGAAGCCUUUACGGAGGCACAGGUCGGUAUGGUACGCCGAGAAGGUGGCGAUGCUGAUGCUGUGGCCGCUAGCGCUCGGGAAAGAAUCGCCAACGAUACGGAACGGAUGAUUCGAUUGCUUCGCGGAAUCCACGACAAUCCUUACCUACAUGACGACUCGUUGACCUUCGUCUCUUCUAACUACGUCGCAGAUUUGGAUGGUCAGUCGGGCGUCGCCCAAAAGAAGGCCAACGAGCACUUCAUGCUUGCCCUUGCUGUGUGCCACACUGUUAUCACCGAACACACCCCCGGAGACCCUCCACAGAUCGAAUUCAAAGCGCAGUCGCCCGAUGAGGCAGCUUUGGUCAGCACGGCUCGUGACUGUGGUUUCACCCUCCUUGGGAGGGCGAAUGACGACCUCCUUCUGAACGUGAUGGGCGAAGAACGAACGUAUACCGUACUGAACACAUUGGAGUUCAACUCGACCAGAAAGCGAAUGAGUGCGAUCAUCCGCAUGCCAGACGGCAGUAUUCGGCUGUUCUGUAAGGGUGCCGACAGCAUCAUCUAUUCGCGUUUGGCCCCGGGCAAGCAGCAGGAUCUGCGAAAGCGAACUGCGGAACAUUUGGAAGUCUUCGCUCGUGAAGGUCUGCGGACACUCUGUGUCGCCGAUCGGAAACUCAGCGAGGAGGAGUAUCGUGCAUGGAGCAAGGAGCACGACAUUGCCGCUGCUGCGCUCACGGAUCGUGAGGAGAAGCUGGAGCAAGUGGCGAGUGAGAUCGAACAAGAUCUCAUGCUUAUUGGUGGCACUGCGAUUGAGGAUCGACUUCAGGACGGUGUCCCUGAUACCAUCUCUCUCCUCGCAGACGCCGGUAUCAAACUCUGGGUUCUUACUGGUGACAAGCUCGAAACUGCCAUCAACAUUGGCUUUUCCUGCAAUCUUCUCGAUAACGACAUGGAAUUGAUUGUUUUCAAUGUUCCCGAAUCCGAGCCACAACGUGCAGCUCAGGAACUCGAAAAGCAGCUGCAGAAAUUUGGGUUAACCGGUUCUGACGAAGAGUUGGUUGCGGCUCGCGAGGAUCAUUCAGCACCCGCCCCGACCCAUGCCGUUGUCAUCGACGGCGAGACGCUCAAGCUUAUGCUUGAUGAUACGUUGAAGCAGAAAUUUCUUCUCCUGUGUAAGCAGUGCAAGUCUAUUCUCUGCUGUCGUGUCAGUCCUGCCCAGAAAGCUGCCGUCGUGCGCAUGGUGAGGAACGGUCUCAACAUCAUGGCACUGUCCAUUGGUGAUGGUGCCAACGAUGUUGCUAUGAUCCAGGAGGCCGAUGUCGGUGUUGGUAUUAUCGGAGAGGAAGGUAGCCAGGCGGCCAUGUCGUCUGAUUAUGCUAUCGGACAAUUUCGGUUCUUACAGCGACUCAUUCUUGUCCAUGGAAGAUACUCCUAUCGCCGCAUGGGUGAAUGUAUCGCGAAUUUCUUCUACAAGAACUUGGUCUGGACAAUCGCGCUCUUCUGGUACUCGCUCUACAACGACUUCGACGGCUCGUAUCUUGUCGACUAUACAUACAUCGUCUUGGUCAACGUCGCCUUCACGUCAUUGCCUGUCAUUCUGAUGGGAAUCUUUGACCAGGACGUCGAUGACAAGGUUUCUCUUGCCAUUCCACAGCUGUAUAUGAGAGGCAUUGAGCGAAAGGAAUGGUCGCAGUUUAAAUUUUGGAUGUACAUGGGCGAUGGUUUGUACCAGUCAAUCAUUUGUUUCUUCAUGCCGUAUCUUCUGUACAGCCCCGCAAACUUCGUGCAUGCCGACGGAAGAGAUAUCAGCGACCGGACGAGAAUGGGUGUUCUCGUCGCCACUAGCGCAGUCAUUGCCAGCAACACCUACAUCAUGCUGAACCAAUAUCGGUGGGAUUGGCUGACGGUGUUGAUCAAUGUCAUCAGUUCGCUGCUGAUCUUCCUUUGGACCGGUAUCUAUUCUUCCAUCUCCGCGUCAGCCCAGUUCUACGGGGCUGCGUCACAGGUAUACAGUGCGUUGUCUUUCUGGACGGUGCUUCUCAUUACCGUCAUCAUCUGCCUUCUACCGCGAUUCGCCAUCAAAUCAUUCCAAAAGGUGUUCUUCCCUCGUGAUGUGGACAUCAUUCGUGAGCAGAUUACCUUGGGCAAAUUCAAGUACUUGGACCAGUACGAGGCAUUUGUCCCCCCGCAGAGUAAGGCUCCCUCCGGCGGUUUCAGCGACGAAUCUGCUGCCUCUUCAGAUUUGGGUAAACCAAUCCAACCUAGUAUGAAGCAGGAUCCCUUUUCAGAUGACCAGCAGAUCUACACGCCCUCGGUCGCUCCCACGUCACAUACACAUAACCCGCGAAGUCAAAACGGUAGCAAUGGGACGAAUUAUGCCUCCAGCCUCGACACCACUCAACACUACCACCCCCAAUCGGUGGAUUACGUCCGAACCUCGGCUGAGCGUACACGGCAUUCUUUUGAUCGAGUCCAACCUGAAUACGGGACCACCCAUGAUCUUUCACGUGUGGAAUCGUCACUGACGGGGGUUCAUGAACCUCAAAGUCCCCACAGUCCACUCAAAGGGCCCUACGAUCCGCCCACCCAUGCCGUAUAA